AUGUACGAGAUCAACAAGCUUGCAGCCUCUAUUCUUGCACUCAGCCUUGGCCCGAAGGAUGCUGCCAAAAUCCCGCAGUCCAAGAAGACUCGCAUUCCCGCCAUCAACAGUCAGCAUGCGAAGAUCGCAGGGAAUUGCUUCGUCUAUCGACUGCACGUGAGCGACCAUAGGCAGCUGUCGAACAUCAACAGCAUUUUAUCUCGCCACAAGAAGUCAUGUUCAGUCCUCUCGGUCAAGACUCGGACCGAGUUCCCUCAAGAACCUAUUGAAAACACCUUCACACGCCUCAACUACGAGCUCAGCGACACGAAUCGCUUCGGUGCAAAGCCAUUCAAACUGCGCUACCAGGUGGACAGGCUCGCAAGAAAUGGCUUCCUCCCUCCCCAAAAGGUCAUAUCUCUGCUGCCUAAGAUCUCUGAGCUCCUCACCUCGUACGGUCUGGAAGCCACUCUCUCCGGACUUCGCCGCUUCAGUCGAAACACCCCUUACCCUGGUCCCACGGUUGAGUCAGUCGAAUUCACGAUCGCCACUCUUGAGCAGAGAUUGCAUGAGUUCGUUGCCCUCUACGAUGACCACGCGCCAGACAACCCCUUCGAGCUGGCUAAGCGUCAUGUGCACAUCAACUUGAUUCACAAAGUCAUCGUCACUCCAGCUGGCAUACGUCUCGAAGGUCCUGAGCCUGAGCCGACCAACCGCGUGCUCCGCAAAUAUGCCGAGAACAUUGACGAUUUCGUGCGAGUGGUCUUCCAGGACGAGCAUGGUGGACCAGUGCGCUACGAUCCCCGAACCGAUCUCGCCCGCAUUUACCACGAGCGCUUUAGGAACGUGCUCGAUACAUCCAUAGUCAUCUGUGGUCGUGGAUUCUCAUUCCUUGGUUUCUCGCACUCUUCCCUGCGCUCUCAAUCUUGCUGGUUCAUGGCUCCAUUUGUCAAUCGCAACGGUCGACUGAUCUUCGCCGAGAAGGUACUCAAAGGUCUUGGUGACUUCAGCAGUAUUCGUACCCCUGCGAAAUGCGCUGCUAGGAUAGGUCAGAACUUCACCGAUACCAACGCCACCGUUCAUCUCGAGCCAGACCAAGUAUUCGACCUUCAAGUCAUUGAGCGCAACGGGAGGGACUUCUCCGACGGCGUGGGCACUAUUUCUGAAGCGCUUUUGCGCGAAGUUUGGCGUAGGUACGGAACUAAGAAGAUGCUGAAGCCAACAGUCCUCCAAAUCCGCUUCCAAGGAGCCAAGGGUAUGGUAUCCUUAGAUCCUCGCCUCCCAGGCAAGGCGCUCAUGCUGCGCGCGAAUAUGCGCAAAUACGACACUGAGACUUCUUGGGUGCUGGAGAUCUGCGGCGCUGGCUUCAAGCCGCUGCCUAUGGUGCUGAACCAGCAGUUUAUCAAGAUUUUUGAAGACUUGGGCAUUCCGAUGAGCGUGUUCCUCGACCUCCAGCGUUCCGCCAUGAAGCAUCUUCGCCAGAUGACUGCCCUCUCAGUGAAUUCGGCCAAGCUCUUAGAGGACUCAGGUAUUGCAAGAGCGACAGGCAUGCCUCGGCUUAUAAGAGAUCUGGCCCAGAUCGGCUUCGACUAUCACGAGGACCACUUCCUGUAUUCGAUCGUGGAGAUGGCGGUUGUGACGCAGCUUCGCGACAUCAAGUAUCGUGCACGCAUCCCCGUCGAAGCGGGCGUAACGCUAUACGGCAUCAUGGACGAGACAGGCUAUCUGAAGGAGGGCCAGAUCUUUGUCAUCACCGAAAAGGCUCCUGAGGGUGGCAAGCACAUUCUCAUCAAGGAUAAAGUGGUCAUCACACGAUCGCCGGCAAUGCAUCCUGGUGACAUACAAGUGGUUGAUGCUGUCGAUGUGCCUCCGAACUCCCUACUGCGGAGGCUGUCCAAUGUGGUGGUGUUCAGUAAGUGGGGAGAUCGUGACUUGCCCAGCAAGCUGAGCGGAGGGGACCUUGACGGCGAUAUCUACAAUAUCAUCUGGCACGAAGGCAUGGUUCCGAGGACUACCUAUACCGCUGCAGACUAUCCGCGUGUCAGCCCAUUGGUCCUAGAUCGCGAAGUGACGAUCAAAGACAUGUCCGAUUUUUUCGUCACAUUCAUGGAAACCGACUUGCUGGGCAUGAUCUGUACGACCCACAAGCAGCUGGCAGAUCAGCGAGAGGCUGGCUCACUUGACCCGGACUGCCUCACGCUAGCUGGUCUGGCAUCUACAGCCGUGGACUAUUCCAAGACUGGCAUCUCUGUCAAACACACGCAAAUCCCCAGAAAUGACAAACACAUAUUUCGACCCGAUUUUAUGUCUCCCACCCCACGGGUCGUUGUGUCUAGCGAAGGCUUGGCCGAUCUAGAAAAGGAGGAAGAGGUAGACGAUGAUGCCUUUGAAGGUCUUGACUCCGAGCGUCGAUCAUAUCGGUACUACCCGUCUGAAAAGACACUUGGUCACCUCUACCGCGACAUCGAUGAAAACCAAUUUCUGCGGACAAUGCAGCAGCAGUAUCGCGCAAUUGCACCUCGAUCUAAGACACAGGACCUAACGACACGACUCUUGGCGUACCUGAAGCAGAAUGCAGUCAACGUCUUCUGGGACCAACACACUGCUCUAGCUUCCGACAUCCGCUCCAGUUUCGAGGACAGUCUCGCCGACCUCCUCUACGAAUACGAGCCCACACCUCACCACCCUCUGAGCGAGACAGAAGCCUUCUCCGGCCAAAUUCUCGGUCGUCAAAGCGGUCCUCAAGGCAAGCCUCUGCGCGAACUCGCCAAGACCAUGACCGAGCGCUUCGAAAUGGUCAUGGAGCACACUCGCAUGCGCAUCCGUUUUGGCGAUGCAGUCUACGAAACUCAAGACAUCGACGACCUCCACGACCCUCGCUACCACGAUCGCGAUGUCGAAGCCCUGCCCCGCGCCAUCGCUUGCUUGCAUGUGGCGCUCAACGAGGAAGGCUAUCACGAUCGUAAGAUUGGGGAACUGAAGAGUUUCAAGUAUGUUGCGGCUCAGAUUGCUUUGGAGGAGUUGCCUAAGAUUUUCCGUGGCUUUCGGAACCUGCCGAUUGGCGUUUGAGGAGUUUCUAUUGUCAGUUUGAGACAAGCGAUGAAAAAUAGGAUGGAUUUGUAUAGAUUAGAAUCGCAUCCAAGUGCGUGUGAGAGAGCUCG